AUGUUCCUAGACCCGAGUGUCGCGCUAACAUGGGAGAAGUUGCCCCCAGCGUAUUCAAGAAGCUUGAGUACUAGCACAGUUUCCGUAUUCCGCCUUCCAUGCGCUGGCAGACUCCCGGACGGAAUUGUCCAGCAGCACUACGUCAACAACACCGACACCGACACACAGGCCAUGAUAUUCCGACUGGAUCCCAGAAAGGAGCUGGUGCUCGCGAUUCCUGGAACCGCAUCCAUCAAGGAUUGGGACACGGAUAACGACCUGCGUCUGGUUGAAUACACCGACCCCAAAGCAUGGAAAUCGAUCCAGGAUGAGGUGGAACGAGAGCUGGCGUCAAGCCUGGAGACGCACCCGGACUACACCGUCACCACCGUAGGCCACAGCCUGGGCGGCGCUCUCAGCGAGCUGGCCUUUGGCAGCCUGGGGCCGAAGCCGUUGAAUGUCACGCAGGUCAUCACCCACGGCGCGCCGAGAGUCGGCAACAUGGGCUUCGCCGAUUACUUUGACAGGCUCGCUGGGGCGACGGAUGCGAAUCCCGGCAUUUCAUACCGGGUCACUCACUGGAAUGACCUUGUUCCGCACCUGUACCCUUUCCUUCUUGGCUCCAUCCAUCCGAGGACCGAGUACUUCCAGUCUUCCGACACACCCGACGCAGCCACGACAUACAGGUGCUACGGCUACGAGGCCAUGGAUUGUGCCUUUGGCCAGCAAGCAUCUCUGGUAUCGCAGGCUCAUCUUUCCUAUGCUGCGAUGAAGUCGUCUUGUUAA